UACCUUCAUUCGAUGGAAUAAUAUCAAUAAAGAUAAAAUUAUCAAAGUAACUCUAAAAGAUUUCCCCAGAAUGUCAUUGUAUAGUUAUAAAGUAGACAAUUUGAUGAAUGACCUUGGUGGAUGCGGACUUUUACAAAAACUUCUCUGUGUUAUAACACACGUAGCUAUCAUAUUAGCAGCAUGGAGUGUUCUUGGAAUGGCGUUUAUUGGAUAUGAUCCGGGAUUCACUUGUCGGAUUCUUAACAUUGAAGCAACUGCCAUGUCUUUCAUAAACGCAAGCACGAUUUCUACGCAUCGUCUUUGUUCGGUUGGGACAUAUUCCACAUGCAGUUCUUACCAAUUUUCACCAAAGAUGAAUACUAUUGUUUCAGAGUGGAACCUAGUGUGUGACAAAAGAUGGGUUGUGGCCGUUGUAACGUCCGUUCAAAUGGCAGGAGUUUUUGUCGGAAACAUCGUAACAGGUCCGUUGGCAGACUCCAUUGGACGCAAACCUUCUUUGAUAAUAAAUGUAUUAUUGUUGGUUGUCUUCAAUUUCAUCGCUUAUUUCAUACAGACGUGGGAGGUUUAUGCAGUUAUUCGCUUUCUUAUUGGAAUAGGAGCCGGUAUUUACUUUACGGUAGCAUUCCCUCUUAUGGUUGAAUUUGUACCGUCAAAACUGCGACCGAUAGCUGUAUGUUUCCCAUCCGAGCCAAUUGCUGCAAUGCUGUUUGCAUUUGUAUCAUUUUGGUUACAUGAUUGGAGGAGUAUCCAUUUAUUAAAGACACUUAUUGGCAUUCCCAUUUUGAUGACUCUGUGUUUUAUACCUGAAAGUUUCAGAUGGUUGAUUUCUAAAUUAAAAUUUGAGCGCGCUGAUCAAACGAUCAGCUUUGUGGCAAAUGUCAAUAGAGUCAUUAAACCAGAUAUAGAUGGUCUAUUUGAAGCAGCUCAAAAGGAAAUUGCAGCAACGUCAACUGAAAAUAUAUCGCCAUUUUCAUUAACCAUAUUGUGGUCAAACAAGGACCUUCGAAAAGUGACUGUGCCCCUUACAAUACCAUGGCAAGUACAAGUUUCCUUCAAAUAA